UGGUACUUUGUUGUUUCAGAUGGAACUACAGUCUGCCAACAGGAAUCCGCAGAUAUUUCCUUUCCCAUGUCAGGAAUACAAUCUGGACAUUGUUGAGAACUAUUUUUCUCGGUGUUUCCAAGUUAUCAGUAUGCUGAGUUAUUGGGAUCUUAUAACAAAAAAGUUCCCCUAGACUGUUUUUUCUUCUAAUUACAGAGAUGCAUAAAUUACAAUGAUGAGUAAAGGUGCGGAAACACGCUUCGCUGAAUCAAGUAUGACAGAUACAGCAGUUGAUUUCUGAGCGCAAUGGGUUUCAUUACUGCCUUGUGGAGAUUAUUAUGCCACCUAAAAGCCUGAUCAAUGAUCUCAGAUCAUUGAAAUCAACACUACUGUACUACUAAUUACACGCUGGGAGAUAUUAAGUUACGUCAGUUAAUUAAAACAAGUUUUGCUUUGAUCAAAGCUUAUAAUUGGAACAACAGUUAUAUGAAUAGCAGUAAUCCUUCAUGUGUCUUUAGCGUAAAGGACAAAGACCUUCAGAAAUCGAUAGGGCACUAACAGAGCAGCCAAAUUUUGUCAAUGGUCAAUGGAGCCGCUAGAGGGCGGUGAUGAGACAUUCCAAAGGCAGCAUUCCCACGAUGAAAUUAAGGAAUUGGCUGUACCUGUGGACACCAAUCUGUAUAAAAGGCAUACUGGGGGGCGAAGACUCUGUUUGCACAAGCCUUUCUAUGUCUUUCUGGUAGUGAGGUGCUACGUUUGCUUGAACUACUGGGAGGAAGUCUUUAAUACUUAGUGCGGGGUUAGUGUUAAAGUAGUCAGUAGUUCUGAGUGCCAAGAUCACUCAUACAGUAGCUGUGCCAGCUGCCGGUAAGAAGGAAGAUGGUCAUUGCGUGGACUGACCCCAGAGGUUCGGCCGAGUGCUAAUCUUUUGGGACAAACAUGUCUCAGCCCGAGGUUCUUUGUCCCAGUUCCUGGAUGCCCUCGGAGCUGAUGGGGCAGAAGAAACUAUUGGGCUUUGGUGUUCUGCUGGCUUGGCUGCUGUUAUUCCACCUGCUGGUGAAUGUGUGGCUGCUGUGCAUUUUUACCAGCCUUCUGGUUGUCCUGGGCGGUUGGCUGGGGUCUCAGGCUAUCCUUCACAUGAAAAGCGUCGUCCACUUGGAACGGUUUGUCACGCUGGAGAAGAUGCCACACUCCCCGGAGGCUGAGGCGCUGCUGGACAAAGAAAUUCACGACACAGUCAGGAAGAUCAUCCGGGACUUUGUGUCGUCCUGGUACAGGACUGUGUCCAGGGAGCCGGAGUUUGAGAUAGAAGUGCAGAAUGCUAUGCUGUCCAUGGCCAUGGAGCUGAAGAAGAGAGCCAGGAGGGUGGACAGAAAAGCUCUUGCACAAAGAGCCUUACAGCUUUGUGACUCCCACUUGCAAAGUUACAUGAGAGCAAAAGAGAUCAUUGGAGAGCCGGAGAAGCAGCCGGAGGGUGAUAACCGGUAUCCGGAGGGGAGCCUCUGGAAGCUGUAUUGUAAAGGUAGCGAUCCCCACCCUGCUCUCAGAAGCUCUGCUGUGGAGGUAAACUACGCAAGGGCUAUGGUGGACCUGCUCCUACAUGUGUUAGUGCCACCUCCCCAUUUGGAAACCAGAACAGGAAGAUACGUGGUCGGGGAGCUAAUAACCUGUAACGUUCUUCUCCCUCUCAUCACAAAGAUGUCGGAUCCCGACUGGCUGAAUGUAAUGAUCAUGAACAUUUUCACAAAGGCCGGCACGCCAGCUCCGGAAGAGAGAGAUCUGCUGGCUCCUUCGCCGACACUUCCUCCAGCUCCGCAGCAGCCGGAUGAGCAACGAAGGAAUCUGGAAAUCCCAAGUUCUUUACCUCUGAAAGUCCAGCUGGAAACUCCCAGCAUCAGCGAAGCUCCCACGCCGGAGAUCAAUGCGUUUCAUAUAAUCGAGGAAUCUGACUUUUCCAGCUUCCAGGACAUUGAAGAAGAGGACUCCAAGCAUGAUGGGACUGUUAACCCCUUCUCCACCAUUAAGACUGGUGGAUGUACUGAAAUGGAUUACCUGAGCCCGGAACCCUUCAACCCUUUCUACUGUGAGGACUCUGACCUUGAGUCUCCUCUGUCUGAUUUCCGAAAAAGCUCAGUGGAGUCUUUAGAUCUGAUUGGAGCUGAUGAAACAAUGUCUGAUAGACCCAGAGACUGUGUUACUCCCAUAGAGACUAGCAGCAUGUUGGACCCUGAAGAAGAGUUUCAAAGUGACAGGGGUUUAGGAGAGGCCACUUCCCAAAAAGUGCUUGUUCCAGAUGGUCUGACCCUCAAAACAGUGAUCGAUCCCGUGGUCCCGAUAGUGGAACCUAAAGAGGAAAGGCCAACCAGCUUUGUGGGUCUUGGCAAUGUCAUUUUCCAAGAGCCAGGCAAGCACAGCUCUAGCCAGGAGAAAGAAUCCUUGAUCUCGGAGCUGGCAGGAACCGCUAACCCUCAUGAGCUCUCAGUGGCAGUACCUGUGCAGACCUCAUCACCUGUGAUGGGAGUGGUUUCCCUGGCUCCGUUCAGCUUUGAGCCGCUUAGCAGUCCAGAUGGUCCCGUUAUCAUCCAGAACUUGAGAAUCACAGGAACCAUAACAGCCAAAGAGCACAGAGGCACAGGGUCCCACCCCUACACUCUGUACACUGUCAAGUAUGAGACUGCAGUUGACAUGGAGAACCCAGGCUCUCUUCAGCCAGUGGCCUAUCAUAUGGUGAACCGGCGCUACAGUGAGUUCCUUAACCUUCAGACCCGGCUGGAGGAGAAACCUGAGCUUCGAAAACUCAUCAAAAAUGUCAAAGGACCAAAGAAGCUUUUCCCAGACCUUCCUUUUGGAAACAUGGACAGUGACAAAGUUGAAGCUAGAAAAAGCCUUCUGGAAUCUUUCCUUAAGCAACUUUGUGCAAUUCCUGAAGCAGCUAACAGUGAGGAGAUGCAGGAGUUUCUCGCCCUAAAUACAGAUGCAAGAAUAGCAUUUGUGAAAAAGCCUUUCAUCGUAUCGAGGAUAGACAAGAUUGUGGUGAAUGCAAUUGUGGACACUCUAAAAACUGCCUUUCCACGCUCAGAGCCGCAGAGCCCAACGGAGGACAUGGGCGAGAGUGAGCCCGAUGGGAAGGCCCAAAGUGACAGUAAGAAAACCAAGUCUCGACUGAGGUUCUCCAGUAAAAUCGCCCCUGUUCUCAGUGUGUCUGAUAUGCAGCCUAAAGUGCUGUAUUCCUUUGAUGAUAGGAGCACAGUGUUCAAUGGCUUCUCCUUGACUGACCUUGAAGACUUCAUUCAGGAGCAGGAGAGGGGCCUGAGCCAACCCUCAGAACAAGAAGAUGAUGUGAAGGAAGAGAGAGAUAAGGAGGAAGACAGCAGCACUGAAGCUCGGGAGGAGGAUCUGCACAGCGCAGUCAAGCCGAGCUCUGCUGAUGAAAUGGCCUUAGCAGACGUAGCCCUCAAUAUCGUUUGCUUGCUUAUGAAAGACGAGUGGAGCUGGCUUUGUUCUGACAACAUCCAGAAGACAAUCAGGCAGUUUUUUGGGACGCUAAUCGACAGGUGGCUGGAUGUACAUUUCACCAACUUCACCUGCACCCAGUACUGGGUGAUCUACCUCCGACUUCUGCAGGAAGCUAUCUGGCCUGGGGGCUGCCUGCCAGUCAGGCCCAGACCUGUCCGCACCGCAGAGCAGAAGGAGGAGGCGAAGAAGGAGUCUCUUCAGUGCCUCAUGAGUCUCCUGCCUGAUAUGCUGGGUUCUGAGAAAUACAAACUGAGCUGGAAAGUGGUUUUGGAGUCGCUGCAGGAUCCCUACAUUAACAGGCAUCUGGUUUACUGUGUCUGGGAUCUCCUGCUGGAGUUUCUGGUUCCAGAGGCGUCAGAUCAGGACUUUCAGAAAUGUCUCCUCAGCCACCUUUCUAGGAACAUGGACAAAUCGGCAGUGUGAGAAUAUUCAAACACUAGUAAAACAAUGCAGGAACUGUGUUUACCAGCGUGGCGUUUACAAUCAUGUCCCCACCUUCACCUUCUGCGUUUGGAUUAAAGUUCUGGUGUCUCAUUGUUGUUGCACAAGACCCCUCUGGAGCUGUCAGUCUGAAGUAAUUUGGAUCUGGAUUGAAUUUAGAUUAGUGUGUUCAGUUUCCAACACAUACACAUGUCCUUAUGAGCUUUGAUUACAAAGCCACCUGUUUCGUGUUUUGUUGAAUACCUCUUGGAUUCUAAAGUUCUCUAUGUACCGGAUCUGAUUUUGUGAAAAGCACCCCUAUCCUGCUCUCUAACUUAAGUCAAACUACUUUCAGAUGUAUAUGACACAAUUAUAAUCCCUUCUGUUUUUUUUAUUUCCUCAUUUGUGGAAAUAGUAGAAUUUACUGAAGUCUGCAAUGCUGAUAAGGCCUGGCUGUGAACUAACAGAGAGCUGGUGUUUGUAAGUCUCACGGAAGUUUGCAGUGUGUUUUUGCACUGUUCAUCACCCCAUGCUUGAUCUGUGAAUCUGCUUUUUUUCAGCUUUUGUAAACAUGCUUUCCUGUCACUGCUUUGCCACACUUAUCAAUGUGUGUGCAUGUUUUGUGCUUUCUUGCCUUUGCAUCUUGCUGCUUUAGCGUACCCUUCUAGUUUAAGCUGCGGUUUAUGACAGUGUAACAUGAUCAUGUUUUAGAUUGAGCUCAGCUUUUACCAGUUGUACCAAAGUUUUGCCACUAUGUGCAAUAGAACAAAUGUGCAGAAUUUCAUAUAUUUAUAUAUUUGCUAAUUGUUUUGAGGACCUGUGGCUUAAAUGGGACACCAUGUUUCUGAAAAGACAAAUACUGCACUUUAAUAAUCUCACUGCCACUGUUUGACUGCAUUUUAAGUACAGUCCAGUGUUUGUAGACUGCCAAUAUUGUAUUUCUCCUAUCUUGUCUCUCUGUCUGAAAAAACACGUCCUUUGAGCUUUUGGGAUUUCUUUUUGCAAUGUAGAGGAAAUGAUCUGUGUUCUUGAUCAGUGUGGUAAUAAGUGCAUGUUUCUUUUGCUACAUGUCAUUUUGGAAUCCUUGGUUCUGUUAUAUGUGAUACAUUGCGUUCCAGACAUAUAAAGAAUUUGUUGCCGUCAUCAGAGAGAAUUCUUCAAAAUAUAUCGGACAUUCACUCUCAAAGAGUGAAGAGAAGAGAAUGCAAGAAAAACAAAUGGCAAAAUGCAUUUUGAAAGACUGUAUUGACUAAGAAAAAAAGAAAAGCUAAAAGAUCAAAUAUUCUAGUAAUAUACUUACAAUAAGCAGUGUAUUUACCUUAUCUAAAAAUGGCCAGACAUCUUAAUAGUACAAACACAGUGGAUAGUGAGCCUCUAAUUUCCUACAGUAUUGAUUGAUGGAAUUAUGCAUAUGAUGGAGUAAGAGUUUUGUGUAUUGUAAUGUUGUGUACAUUUUUAUUUAUUAGUUUCUUUAUACAUAUGUACGUGAUUUAUAAAUGUUUUUUAUUUAAAAAUAAUGAUACUGUAAGGGAGUUUACAACAUAAAUAUAUAUAUUAAUUUGUAGAUACAAUGUAUUACACUGAAACUCCAAUAUGACCUCUGUCCAUUCCUUGUCACAAAAAAUGUGAAACCUUCUACUGCAUCUCCAUAGGAACAGGAAUAUGACUAUUGUGGUUAUCAAAUGUGAAUCUGAUUUUUUUUCUUCUGGAUUGCUGGUUUUGUGGUCUUGUAUUUAGUUGGUGUAACUACAUUCCCAGGCUUGAAUGGUGUUUAAUGUUAACGCUGCCCAUGACUUUUCUGCCAUUUGUAGUAGUAGUAGUACUUACAGUAGCAGUGGUAUUAGUGCAUAAGUCAGGAUAAUGGACAGGAUAACAACAUUGUUAGACUUAAAAAAGUUAACUUAUACAGAACCAGACCUUCUCCUGCUUUUUUGUCCCUUGAUAAUUAUUAACAUAGCCAACCCUUUUAAGAAAGUGUGAGCCGGUGCAAUUGAAGUGUAUCUCCAGUACAGUUAAUUUAGGUACUUCGGGUAUGUCACUUUAAGUCUUAGCUGUGUACGCAUUCAAAUUCUUUCACUUUAUUAUCGUGCAUUCUGUAACGUUGUGUGUUUUCCAUUUGUGAAGUUUCUUCUCUUCUGUAAUUGGAAGUUUUGCUCCCGCAAUGAAGUGUCUUUAAUAUUACAUUAAUAAAAUGCAUGCAUGUUUCAUUGUGCAGGUUAGGUUGUGCUCGGAGUCUCUGAAACAAUCCAUUCCAUCCAAAUUGACUUGUGAAGUAACAUGAUCUAGAUAGAAUAAAGACCUGCAGUGGUCAAAAUGUUUGCUAACAAUAAAGAACAUUCUGUUAAA